AUGCCCGCCCGGCACUGCCCGCCGCCCGCUACGCCGAUCGCGCCCGCCGCCGACCCCCAGCACGCCCUCGCUCUCGACCGCUUCCACUUCGUCAGCGUCAACCCGACCUCCGAGCGUCAGAAAUCGCACAAUCGCUCCGUCAUCCGCUCGCACGCCAGCCGCUACAUCUGGCGCCAGCACCGCGCCCGUCGCACCCCCAAACCCGCCGCCAAACCGCCCGCUGCCCGCCUGCAGCCCUGCAGCCCCCCGGCUCCUCCUCCCCGCCCGCCCUCGACGACGACGAACCCGACCGCAUCAUCAUCAUCAUCAUCACCACCACAACCACUACCAUCACCACCAUCGCCGUCCACCGACAAUGACCGCGACGACUACGAUGCGGCGUCGCAGCUCGUUCCCCAGGCCGCCGCCGCCGCCGCCGCCGCUGACCGUCCCUUCAACCUCCUGACCGCCUGGCUGGCCGACCCCUCGCACGCCGCUCCCUCCAUGCUGGGCGAGUCCGCCAUCAGCAAGCUCAUGCAGUAUGCUGUCCUCGACCUCUGGCCCGGCCUCGUCCUCGGGGCCGCCAACCGCCGCUGGCACCGCAAGGACGCCGCCCAGAACUGGCUGCCCCCCGCCAUGAGCAGCCCCGCCCUGUUUACCGCCUUCCUGUACGGUGCCGCCGGCCACAUGCAGACCCGCAAGCGCCUCGAGAGCGCCCACGUCGCACCGCAGACCCGCGACGAGAAGCUCGAGCAGAUCGUCUGUGAGACCGAGACCAUCAAGCAGCUCAACAAGAUGAUGCACCACCCCUCCCAGGCCUGCUCCGACGAGGUCAUCCUCGCCGUCCUCUGCAUGGCCUUCAACCGCAUCGACUAUUCCGGCUGGAACGUCGCCGACCCCUGGCCCAAGGCCCCCCUGCGCAACCUGCAGUGGCUCGACGUCUACGGCGGCCUGUCGCUCAACGACCACCACAUCAAGGGCCUGCUCGCCCUGAUCGAGACCAAAGGCGGCCUCGAUCAGCUGAAAAUGCCUGGCCUCGCCGAGAUCCUGUCAACCGCCGUAGUCAUGCUCUCGACCAAGUGUCUGGUCAAGCCCCGCCUGCCAUUCGUCCCCAUCUUCGCCGAGAGCGCCCAAGGUAAAACGCCGCACUGGCCAACCCUGACAAACCCCGUCUUGUUCGGCACCCCGCUGGACAGCCGCCCGGUGGACCCCGUUCUUAACGCCGGCCUACCAGAGGACAUCGUCAGCGUUCUGCAGCAGAUGCGGGACUACAACCAUGUCGUCAAUGUCUACUCGCAGGGCCUGUUGCCGCAGCUAGAGCUGGCCGUCAUCGCCGACCGGCGCAACUGGAUUCAAUACAACCUAGUGGCCUUGUCCUCGGUCUGGGAGCUGCCGGAACAAUUCAUGCAGAUAUAUGAAACAUACGAGACCUGCCGCCUCGCCGCCCAGAUCUACAGCAUGCUCGUGAUCUUCCCGCUCCCCGCCGCCAACCGCCCGUUCAAACGGCUGGCGUCCAUGGUUCGAGCCGCUUUUCUCGAGUCCGAGCACUCGAUGGCCUGGAACAGUGGGAAAGAGAUGCUGCUGUGGUGCCUAGUGCUGGGGACGAUGGCCGCCAAAAACACGUCUGAUAGAUCGUGGUUCUGCAGAAAACUGGCUAGUGCUCUUGAUGCUGUGGGGCCCGGGUCAUGGCAAGAGCUAAAGGGGCACUUAGCCAGCGUGAUGUGGAUGGACAGCGUGUGCGAUAUUGGAGGCCGCGAGGCGUGGCUAGAGGCGACUACGACCAGCAGUAUACACGAUGAUAGCGAAUAA